GGAAAGCCUAUUGAGAGGUUAGUUCUAAUUUGGCUUUCAACGCGCAUGUUUUAUUGAAAUAUCAUGGCUACCCCCGUAGAUCUGGAGCUGAAAAAGGCCUUUACAGAAUUACAAGCUAAAGUUAUGGAUACACAGCAAAAGGUGAAAAUUGCAGAUCUACAAAUCGAGCAGCUUAACAGAACAAAGAAACACGCUCAUCUUACUAAUUUAGAAAUUAUUAACCUGUCUGACACAACUCCAAUGUAUGAAGGGGUUGGAAGAAUGUUUGUUCUUCAAACUAAAGAAAAGAUUCAUAGCCAGCUUAAAGAAAAGCAAAAAGCAGCUGAUGAGAAGAUUUCAGAACUUGAGCAGAAAAAAACAUAUUUGGAGCGAAGUGUGAAAGAAGCUGAAGAUAACAUAAGGGAAAUGUUGAUAGCAAGAAGAGCACAUUGACAUGUUUGAAAAGACUAUUUCCACUGGACAAAAGGAGUUUAUAAAAAAAUUAUUGUAAUAUUAUUGUAAACCAUUGCUUUUGUUGCACCUAAUUUUGUUCAUGCGUUAUUGUCAAGCUGAAAAAAUAAUAAACUCACUUUUACCAAA